ACGUCACACCAGAGCGAUUUUGGAUUUCAAGUUACACAACAGCAGCUCGUUCAGCUCCGAAGCAAAUCGAAAAGUCACAUCUCGGUUUCGGGUUCCGCGUUUUUAGAUCCGUGUCCACACAUCCUCCGGCCUCACAAUGACCGACGCCAACCAAUCGCUAGUGAAAAACCUCGGCCUCAAGCCGCUGACCAAGGAGAACAUCCUGUACUACUACUUUCCGCUGCAGAGUAUGGUCAGCUAUGCGGCCCUCUCGGUGAACGUCAUGAAUCCAUCGAUCGCCAUCAGAUUGCUACCGAAGCGGGAUGUCACAAAUUUCCUGCUGGUGCACACCCUGUUCGGAACGACGCUGUACUUCUACAGCCGGCCGCAUUUGGCAGCGGUCCCGGCCCAGCGCCGUGUUGCCUACAGCGUUUGCGGAGGAAUUCUGUUCAGUUUCGGUUCGGUGCUGGUGUGGGCCGUGCUGCGGAGUGCCAUCCCCCGGAACCAGGCGUUGGCCACUGCGCUGGGUCUAGUGUCCGGAGCGGGACUGGCCAAGCUGGCCUACGACUAUCUGGAUAGCAACGACAAACAACUGGUGGCCAAGAAUUAAGCUGGAUCGAUGCUUUUUAGGUGAGAGGCGGAUGGCUCGGAUAAAGGAGGCCGGAAAUGGCCACAAGGCGUCAUGUUCCGAUCGGAAUUACCACAUUAUUUUCAACAACACCAUUUUGAGAGUUUAUUCAUUCGCAGACUGUUAGAUGGAAUAAAAUUUUCUCCGUUUCAAUUGUGUAAUGCUG